UUUCGCGAGCGUGUGUGUGUGUGGAGGGGAGAGAGGAGAUGAUAUAGGCCUAGACCUAAAUUUGUGUUGUUGCGGCCCUGUAUUGUUGUUCUCCUACUCUUUCUAAGGACUCGAAGCAAAGUACAAGCAUGGUAUAACUGCUUUGGAGUUUAUUCCUCUUAUUGCAAUUAAGACAGCAAUAUCUGUGGAUUGUUGUUUGUCGGGAAAGAAGUUAUUUGAAAAACCAUCAGUCAAUAAUGAUGGCAACCAAUAUGGAAGAUGAUGAAGUUGAUGUCAUUGAGGAUGACUAUAUGAAUUCUAUUGUUAAUUUACCUCCUGAGGUACAGGAAGCAAUAGAACAGGUGUUACCAAGUAAUGAUCCAUUAGAUAGUCCUGACUUCAACGCUGUAGAAUACAUUAACACACUUUUCCCAACAGAACAGUCUCUUGCUAAUAUUGAUGAAGUCAUCAAUAAAAUGAGAACAAAGAUCUACCGCCUUGAUGACAACAUCCGAAUGGUGGUCAGAGGUCAGACAAACGCUGGUCAGGAUGGUAGGGAAGCUCUGGCUGAAGCACAGAAAGCAAUCCAAGAAUUAUUCAAGAGAAUUAAAGACAUUAAGGAAAAAGCAAAUAAAUCAGAAGAAAUGGUAAAAGAAAUAACUCGUGAUAUUAAGCAACUUGACCAUGCAAAGCGCCACCUAACUGCAUCAAUCACAACACUAAAUCAUCUUCAUAUGCUGGUCGGAGGAGUCGAUACUCUUGAAUCUUUAACUCGACGAAGGCAGUAUGCAGAUGUCGCUAAUCUCCUGCAAGGUGUUGUUAACGUAUUGGAUCAUUUCAACAAGUAUGUGGGCAUACCACAAAUUCGCCAACUUGCUGACAAAGUGAAGAAAAUCCAAGCUGAACUUGGAGUGCAGAUUUUAGCAGAUUUUGAAGAAGCAUUUGCAAAUGCAAGUAAGCCAAUCGGAAAUCAGAAACAACUCACAGAGGCUUGUCUUGUUGUAAAUGUUUUGGAACCCAAAGUCAAGAAAGACCUUUUGAAGUGGUUUGUGAAACUCCAACUCUCUGAAUACCUUCAUUUGUUCCAAGAAAACCAAGACAUAGCUUGGCUGGACAAAAUUGAUAGGCGGUACGCAUGGAUCAAGAGGGCUCUUGUUGAGUAUGAAGAAAAGUAUGGACGUAUGUUUCCGCCAGAUUGGGAAGUCAGUGAGCGAAUAUGUGUAGAAUUUUGCAACAUCACAAGAGAUGAACUUUCUAAGCUAAUGCAGAAAAGGUCAACAGAGAUUGAGGUCAAACUCUUGCUGUUUGCCAUUCAGAGAACUACAAACUUUGAAUUAUUGAUCACAAAACGAUUCUCAGGGGUGACACUCUUACCCCCAGGGGAGGCUACCACACCGGUGGAUAUCAAGGCGAUGGAGGAGGAGGAUGCUGGCAAUAAUCCGUUUGAAGAAGAUAGUCAAAUUGAAGUGAAGACUAUUAUGAAACAACAACAGUCACCGUUUCAAGGAAUCAUAUCCGCAUGUUUUGAAGCCCAUCUUCAUAUUUACAUUCAGUCACAGGACCAAAAUCUGUCAGAGUUAAUUGAACGAUUUGUCACAGAUUUUAAAGCCAACGGUCCACCACGAGCUGAGUCUGAACAUGGUGGCGCUAUUUUUCCAAGUUGUGCUGAUUUAUUUGUCUACUAUAAAAAGUGUAUGGUGCAAUGUUCGCAGCUAAGCACAGGAGCACCGCUGUUAUCUCUCACAUCAACAUUCCAAAAAUACUUGCGCAUUUAUGCCACAAGACUGCUAAGUGGAAGCUUGCCUAAAGCUGUUGUGAGUACACCAAGUGUAUCAGGGUUGAACAUCUCCACAUUGUUGAAGGAAGGACUUAAAGAUUCCUCAACUGAGAUCUCAAAGUUCACCAGUGAAGAGCAGUUCCUUGUCUGCAGCAUCCUGUGCACAGCAGAGUACUGUUUGGAGACUUCACAGCAGCUCGAGGGAAAACUACGUGAGAAGAUAAAUCCUGAUUUACGUGAGAAGGUUGAUCUAACGAAUGAAGUAGAUUUAUAUCAUAAUGUCAUAGCAAACUGCAUUCAGUUACUGGUACAAGAUCUUGAGGCCUUGUGUGAGCCAGCUCUGACUGCCAUGAACAAGGUCAAUUGGUCAGUGGUAGAGGCAGUUGGUGACCAGAGCAGUUACGUCAGUGCAAUAACAUCGCAUAUUAAGCAAGUUUUACCAAACAUCAGAGACAAUCUAGCUUCUGCUAGGAAAUAUUUUACUCAGUUCUGUAUCAGAUUUGUCAACUCAUUCAUUCCUCAGUUUGUUAAUCACCUGUACAAGUGUAAGCCCAUCAGUACAGUGGGUGCUGAGCAGCUGCUUUUGGACACUCAUUCUCUCAAGACAGUACUCCUUGACCUUCCUUCCAUCGGGUCACAGGUCGCAAGGAAGGCACCAGCAAGUUUCACUAAGAUAGUUGUCAAAGGAAUGACCAAAGCUGAAAUGAUUUUAAAGGUUGUGAUGUCCCCUGCCGACCCCAGUCAAGCGUUCGUUGAUAACUACCUAAAGCUGCUCGAUGACACAGAUACUUCAAAUUUCCAAAAGGUCCUGGAAAUGAAGGGACUUAAGCGAGGUGACCAGAAUAUAAUGCUGGAACUAUUCAAAACUAGACUCCCAUCCCAGACUGCUGGUAGAGGGCAACCAGGCGUGGCUGCAGCACGUGAAGAGACUAGUAGAAUUAGAAGACUAGAGAAACUAAUUAAAAAGAAAUUGUAACCAAAAACAUUACGAUAAAAUGGAAUCAUGUUUGUAUUUAAAAUGUUUAUUGUUAAAAUUCUUGUCUUCUUAUUGCAAUACAAGUUUAUACUGUUCUGGCAUUCUAAUAAGGGUAUUUCAUAGUAAUGUGAAUAUGACAUUUUUACAUUUAUCAAUCCCCUCCCCUUUUUAUUUAUUUCCAUGCAAAAUACAACAAACUGGUUAUUAUGGAAGACUGGAAGAAUACUUUACAACAUAGUCAAAUAAUGUACAUUAAAAAUUACCUGUUUUAAUUCCUUCGCCUCUUUCAUGAUGCAUUAAAAACAUGUUUGUAUGUUUGCCAAAAUAUAUAAAAUUGAAUAUAAAAAAUUGAUAAAAUUAUAAAGGUUUAUGAUGUAAACUUAUUAGAUUGCCACUUUGAUGUUCUGUUGAAGUUGCAAAAUGUUUCAAUGGCAUUUUGGAUUCGACCUAGGCAAGUUCAAAUGUAUACAGUAUAAGUUUUAUUUAUUAUACUUAUAUAUAAGUUUGAUAUUGAUAUGUACUUAUAUAUUUGAUGUAUUAUA